GUUAGCAAGAGACCUGCUUGGUAGGCACGCACAAGCGCACAGCGGCUGAAGAACACUUUCCCCCGGUUGGAUCAGUUGUUAAUUCUCACAAACACAAUCACAGUCGCAAUCUCUUGGGAGUUACCUUGCAAACCCUUAACUUUUCUGCUCUCAACUUCUUCAAAUGUUCAAGAAGUUCACUUCUGAAGAUGUAUCCGCCCAAAAUCAAGUCAAGGCAUCUGUGCAAAGGAGAAUACGCCAGAGCAUAGCUGAAGAGUAUCCUGGACUUGAACCAGUUUUGGAAGAUUUGCUGCCAAAGAAGUCACCCCUCAUAGUUGUGAAAUGCCAAAAUCAUCUGAAUCUUGUCGUUGUCAACAAUGUUCCAUUAUUCUUCAAUAUCCGUGAUGGACCUUAUAUGCCUACUCUACGUCUCCUCCAUCAAUACCCUAAUAUAAUGAAGAAAUUUCAAGUAGAUAGGGGCGCCAUUAAGUUUGUUUUUUCUGGUGCAAAUAUCAUGUGUCCUGGGCUCACGUCACCUGGUGGUGUCCUUGAUGAAGAAGUUGGCGCGGAGAGGCCUGUGGCAAUAAUGGCUGAAGGAAAGCAACAUGCUCUUGCUAUUGGCUUCACAAAAAUGUCGGCGAAAGAUAUAAAAGCUAUCAACAAGGGCAUCGCUUUAGACACUUUGCAUUAUCUCAACGAUGGCCUUUGGAAGAUGGAGCGCUUAGAUUGAUGAUGGUGUGAAGAGUGAUCAGCAAUCUUGGAAUUUAUGUUGUGCGGUUCAUCGUUCUUUUCUCCUUCGUGUUUUCUUUUGAGAGGAUAAAAAUUUUCAAUGACAUUGCUGCGGCAUUUUUAUGCAUAGUUCAUGUGAGUGGUUAGCUUAUUUCACCCAAAUCUGCAUCCUAGCACUUUGAGCUACUAAAGUAAUCAGUAACCACAUUAAUUCUCAUUUGUUAUCCUUCUUACUAAAUUUCAAAGUUCAAGAAAACUCAAUACCAUGUAUAGGAAUUAAUUAUAGCACUGCCGUAGUAUUUAUUUGUGCUUCUCUUUGAAAGCGCAUGGGGGCAUGAAUAAUAAUGGCUCUUGUUGAAUGA